AUGGAAGUAUCAAGACUCGAACGUGUUACCCUCGAUACCAACCUCUCUCCUUUCCACAUCGCAAGGCACCCCGGAUACAAGUUCUUACUCGAGGGACUAAUCUGUUCCUUGCGGGUCAACGUCAUUAUCCUCGACAAAUAUGCACCAGCCUGUUCCAUGCUUCUUCUCCAGUGUUCUGCUCGCGACGGCCACUCCGGAUGCUGGAAACUGCCUGGCGGCAAGGUCGACUACAACGACAAAACUUUACGUGAAGCUGCUAAACGGGAGGUUGAGAAAACGACUGGUAUAACUCGAUUCGAGUUCCUUGAUACUGUCCCAACCAAGACAAGGGACAGCUCAAAGAAUGAGGGAGUACAUCAAUGGCUUGGUUUCACAUUUCUUGCGACCGUUGAUGGGCAGUCUGGCUGGCUGGAAAGUAUACGUUCAGCGGAAGAAGAGCACCGAGUUUUGAAGUGGGUCACGAAGAGCGAUGUGUUGAGGAUGGAGAAGACUGUAUUCUAUGACAAUCACCUGGAGACUAUCCUCGGGACAUUUGAUAUUGUGGAGAAUGUAAUUAACCUAAGUCGGCGUGAGCCAUCUACUGCCACCCACCACGGCCUUGGCUCGCUGAAUGGAACGUCGACCUACACAGACUAG